AUGCGCACCAAGGCAAACUCCUCUGAAGCCCCUUCUUUCCUACAAAAAACCUACGACAUGCUUAGCAAUGAGGAAAAUUUUGAUAUUGUUUCCUGGACACAAGAUGGAACAGCAUUUGUUAUUAAAGACAAAAAAGAGUUUUGCUUGUCAAUUCUCCCCAAAUACUUUAAACAUAGCAAUUUAGCGAGCUUUGUCCGCCAACUUAACAUGUAUGAUUUCCAUAAGGUUCGCCGCUCUGGUUCUGAAGAUAUUUUUAAGCACCCUUUAUUCGUCAGGCACAAUCCAGAAUUUUUAAAAGAAAUCAAAAGAAAGACCUCACCUGUAAAUUGGCCUGUAGUACCCUCAAAUACGUUAAGCAAGCCUGAGCUAGCACCGAUUUUGAAGAGAAUGAUGGAUUUGCAUAUAUCAAACCAAGAGUCGGAACAUAUGAUAAAGAAAUUAGAAUGCUAAUCUUAAUAAUAUCACGCUUGUUCAAGUCCAGUGGUCUUAGCUUGGAUUGACAGCUCUUAAUAAAGGUAGGUAACACCGGUAAACGUCAAACUGUCCAUGUUCCCAAGCCCUUAGGAUCUCUCUACCUAUACCAGCUUAAGUGUAGAUCACUUCUUUUGACCCCAAAAAUCCUCAAGUAGGUGUAAACUUCUCCACUGAUUUUGGCUAUAGGACAGUGGCCUACCUCUAACUGCCAUUUUAAAUUGUGAGAGAGAAAUUAGAAGAAAAAGUUGAGGAGCUUACAAGCCAAAAGCAAGCUCUGACCAUGCAGUUUUGGGAAACCCAAGAAAGGAUGAAACAGAUUGAGCAGGCAAUUGUAAUUUUAGCUGGAUUUAUAAGGUCUGAUGGAGGUGAAAUAGCAAGGUAUAUUAAAAAUGAGAUGCCAGGUAGGCUAAAGAGCAUUGAGAAUGAUAUCCCGGCACCUGUAAAAAAGAGAAAACUAGAGCAGCUGAGCGUUGAAGAAUUGCUGGAAAUACCGAAAGACCAAGUGAAGAAUACAGAGACUCCAAAAAAUAUGAUGGAAAAUCAUGUGCCUGACAUAUUUGAAGUAAAUUCAGAUGAAAGCUUGGAGUUUUUGUUGGAAUCUUAA